AUGGAGAAAGAGAGCCAUGCGGAGAUUGAGACACUGUUCUUUGGAACAGCCCGCGUGAAAACGAGGACAAUUGAAUUAAUGCGGAAUAAAAUAGAUGGUGAUGAUGGCCGUAGACAGUUAGGGUUGAUUUUUAAUAUCUCCAGUAUAGCGGGCUUGUGUGUGUUUCCUGGCCAUACUUAUUAUCAUGCGGGGACAAUUGCAGUGGAGGUAGCUGCACCCGGAUUGGAGCACAUCCAUCUAGUGGAGCCAAGUGGCGUCAAAACGAACUUCGAAGGGCAUAAGCAAGGCCAUGAUCCAGCCACACCUAGCCUAGCCAGGUGA